UUAUUUUUAUGUUAGGCCUACCUUACCUGCCUGUGUGUAUUGUGCAGACACACCCGGCUACUCCAUAUAUCAACCAAUCGUUGCUCCAAGACAGACACCAAGGUGGUGUACUUCCUGUGUUUCGCCAGAGAAUGGGGCAGGAGAGAGUUAUGUAGUUUUUGUUUGGGGGGGCUCCAUUCCACACACAGGCGAUCACGUCGGCAGCAGAGGGGAGGGAAAAGGACUAAAGUAGUGGACAGACUCGACCGAUUUUUUAUUUAUUUAUUAGAGAUCUCCCUGUUCAGCAACAGCCACGGAGAGAGCAAGACAGAGAGAAGGAGGGGAGCGAUAAGUGUCAAUCUGUUGAGACUUGUUUGGGAAUUUCAAGAAGGAGGGGAUCGAGGCAGCAAGAGGGAAAAGCAAGUAGAGCUCAGGCGUAAACAUUACGUUUUCCACAACAUUUUAAAUAUUGAUAGAAUAAGGCAGUUGUGAUUAAUUUGAACAAAAGGAGUUCAUUCAAUGUCAACUAGACGAUGUGUAUACAGGGACUGGAUUAUUGUGUGUUGUGCAAUGCUAUGGUUUUGAGCUGAGCUGGACCUGGGGGGAGGCCACAGAUCUCCCCCAGGAAACAACAUUCAGGUUCUCCAAAUUAUGCUACAAUGGGGACGAAAAGGCCCAGCUGCACUCUCUUUGACACUUUAUCUAACAUAAACACAUCUGACCGCAAGCUUCAGCUAGGUGGAAAAAUCUCCCGGGAUCCAAGUCCCAGGCCAGCAAUGACUGCCCAGUCGGAGCGAGAGAGAGACAGCAACCGAGAGGAAGACAGGAGGACGGACAAAUCAAGAUACAAAGAUAUGGACCCACGGGAUAGAUACUAUGAAAGAGACCGAGCUCCUGCACCCCGGCCGAGGGAGGGAGAAAAAAAGUGGAGGGAAAGAGAAAGGAGGCAGGAAGAUGACAGAAAUAGAAACGGGAGGCUGCUGUCAAAUCUAGAGAAGUUGACCAUGAGGGAGGUAGAGAGAGGGAUGGAGAAAGGUGGCACAUUUCCCAGAAUGAGAAAAAACAGUGCAGAUCGUGGCAAAGGAAUGGCGUCUACCACUGAGAUGGAGGAAGAAAGAGGGGCAAGGAGACAAAGAGAUAGGCAGAAAAGAGUUGAGACAGACGACUGGGAGCAAGAAAGAGAGAGGGUACGACAGAGAGAGAGGCGCAGAGAGAGGGAAAGAAAUGAGAUCCGAAGCAGGACAAAGGAAGAGGGAAAAAACACUGGAGGAAGACCUGUAGAAGAUGAGAAAUCGCAAAAGAGGGACAGAUAUGAGGAAUCUGGUUUUGGUUUUCAAGACAGGAGAAGAGAAGUGGGUGAUCCAUGGGACAGAAGAGAGAGGGAUACAGAUAGAAAAAGAGAAAAGCCAAAGUCUAACAUGAGAGAAAGGGAGGCCAGGUUGCCUUCUCCACACAGGACAAGAGACCGAGAGAUCUACCCAGAUUGGAAAGAGAGGGAAAAGGCGCCAAUGAGAGAGAGAAAGAGGGACACAAGGAGUGAAGGAGACAGUGAUGAGAGAGAGCUGAAGAGGGAUAGAGUGAGAUACAAAGAGAGGCAGGAGUUGACAUAUCAACACAGCAGAAGUGAGGGGGACAGUACAGGCAAACCACUGAGGGAGAGAGAUCAAGAUAGGCAAGGACACGGGGAAGAGGACAGGCAGAAAUACAGAGACAGGGACAGAGAAGUGGACCGAUCCUGGAGGAAGGGAGACGAGAAAGAUAGAGAGAGGUACAGAGAGUUUGACAGGAGAGCAGCAAGGGAGGGAGACAGAUGGAAGGAAAGUGUGAGAGACUUGAGGGAUGACAGGAGAGAGGAAGACCGAUACAGAGAGCAUGAGCAGAGGAGAGGCAGGGAAACAAAGGAAAGACAGGCCGAUCUUAGGUGGGAUGAUAAGACAGGCAGAAGCAGCCGAUCCCAGAGCGAGACAGCCCCUAGGAUGCAGCCACGAGCCCCAAGCAGCGGAGAGCGUAGCAGCAACAUGGACAAUGAGAUGAGAUCUCGAAGAGCCAGAGACAGUUAUGAAGAGAGCCAAUCAGGGAGAGAGAACACUGCUGAAAGUGACAGAGACGUACAAGAACAGAGAAAUUCAGCUGCUGAAAGCAGUCAUAGGGAGCAAAAGCAAGACAGAGGAGAGAAGACGGAGAAGCCGAGAAGGAUGUGGUUAGAGCCACAGAGGGGCAAGAAUAGUAAAGACGAAUUUGUAAACAGAGAGAGACACACAAGGGGGAAAGAGAGGAGAGAAGAAGAGAGGAGUAUGGAGUCACAGGCUGAGUGGGAAAGAGAGGGGCGGCGAGUAAAAGAGGAACCAGAUGAGAAGUACUUGGACCAAAGCAGUUACAGAGGAAGGCAUGAAGGGGGAACUCAGCAGAGGGGAGACAUAGAGAGAGAGACAGAGGGUGUAAGUGUAGAUGGAGAGGAGGUGGGUGAAGUCUGGAGAGAAGAAGAUAAGAGAGGGAAGGAACAUCUGUCUGACAGCGAUGGAUGGAUAGAUGGAAGCUGGCGGAGGGAUGCAGAGGGAGAGAACGUGACAGAUAAGACAGAGGAGAGUGACAGAGAGGAAGAGGGUGGAAGCGACUAUUGGGCCCGCUCCGAGAGCGAAGGAGGAAGUGAUACAGGGUGGAGGCAGGAGAGAGACACAAUGCUGUCAGGAGAGGACGGCUUUGUGACGGUGUCCAGCGGCGGAGACGAGGAGGAUGAAAAAGAGGAAGACGAGGAAGAGCAGUUUGUGGACUGUCAGGAAUUUUUGGAAGGUGGAGUUACAUACGAUGGCCUCUCACCUGUUUCCAUCAAGGGGUGUGAUGGAGAGAAGGAGAGGGAAGAGGAAUGUGCAAUGGGAAAGGAGGAGGCGGUUCAUGAAGAGGAGGAUGAUGGAGGGAGGGAGAAGCCGCCGACAUACAUCUUCUGUGUGAUUGGGCAAACGUUGCCCCGGUCAAUAACCAGCAGGAUGUCACUGUCACAAGUUGAUGACACUGGAGGAGUGGAAAGAGACAACCCAAAUAUAGAAAGUCGUCAUUGCAGUGAUGAGGCCACACAGCAACCUCAUGAUGACCUGCAUCCGACACGGCGUAUAAAUGAUGAAACCCCGAUCAUCUACAACCAGGACACCGAGAGCAAGAGUGAGUGUGACGUGCCAAGGCCAGCCGCAGGAGAAACAACUGAAGUGCAUAUGAGAUACAGAGCAUCGUCAGAGCUUCACGGAGAGACUGGAGAGGGAGUGAGGAGUGAAGUGGAGCACCUGUACGCCGAAAUAGGGCCGAUAAAAAGAGACUUGCGGACUGAAAAACUCCUCGUAGAGUGGAGAGAGAAAAAUAAAGAAGAGGUGGAAGUAGAGAGGGAGCAAUCUUCGCCAAUCCCGAGUAAUCCUUAUGGUGAUGUUUGUCCUCAGGUGAAUUUUGAACAAAUUCAACCCAUCUUGGAAGGGAGUAACACCAGAGCAAUGAGUCCAGAGGAGGUGGAGGCCAUUCGGAUCCGACUGAGCGGGUCAUGGAGCAUGUCCGAGGAGCCUAAGCGGCAUUCCCAAGCCCCCCACCUUAAAUGGGCCAAAAAUGUGGUGCAGGAGAUCCUGGGACGCUCAGAGGAACAUACUGUUGAUGAACCUAAUGCAGAGGUACGAGGGUAUCACGGGGUCGACCAGUCCGAGACCGCGAUCAAGAACGACAAAUGGCAGGAGGAGGCUGCACAAGGGACUGGAGAGGUGCCUGUUGUUAAGUCGAGAACAGACGAACAGCACAUAGAGCCAGAGCUGGAGGAGGAAGAGCUGUUGGAGGUGGAGGGAUUGAGAGGUAUGGGGCAGAGCCAAGCCGACAUGCAUGCUGACCAGUUCACAGCUGUGCAUGGUGACACGCCUACAUACACUCAUGCUGACACAUUGUUAGACACAGAAGGGAAGGAGGAUCACAGUAUGGACAAAGAGACUGAGCCGUUUGGUCACACUCAGUUAGAAAAGUUAGCCAUAGAGGGGAAAGUUAGUGAAGAGGCAGGGGAUGAGGUUAAAUUAUCAGAGAUAGAGAAAAAAGCAAUAAUAAAGGAGGAGGUAGAGAUGUAUUUAUCUGUGAGCAACACACUGUACAAGCCCAACAGCUGCCCCAUUCUGAAUUAUGACAGUGAGUCUGACCUGCUUACUCCUUCCAGAGAGGGUGGGGGCCAGGAGUUGGAAGACAGAAUGAGUGGAAGUGAAGAAGAAAGGCAGAAAGAUGAGCCAGAAGAGAGGAGUAUUGCAGAGAAGGUGGGAAAGGGAAACGAAUUGGAUAGUAGAAAGGGAGAGGCGAUGGCAGAAAGUAAUAUAGAACGGGGGACUUUGACGAGCAGUUUCGGAGAUUUGGGUCCGGAGGCUCGAUUACGACGAAGGGGAAUCCGUAAAACCACUGAAAGAAGAAAUGGAGAGCUUUUUGAAGUGGAAGAAGAGGAAAAUGCUGGAAGGGAUCGCAGAACCAGAAUAUUCUCUACAACAGAUGAUGAGGAUGAUCGAAGCAAAAGCUGGGGAGAAGUAGAGCUGAGGAACGCCUUGGACACAAUCGACAGACGAAAAAGGAAUUCAAGGUUUUUCAAUGCUGCCCAGCUCUACCAGCAGUACAGCGAGGCCGCCCAAAACUUUGAGAUCCUUCGUCAGGCUCGUUCCGAUAUUUUCUCGUCUCCUGCUCCCUCACCCCCUCCUGCCCGCAGACCUCUUCCUCCAAUACCUCCUGUCCCGCACUCCCACUCCUUGGCCAACACAGGCUCCAUCACCAGUGUCAAAAGCUUGCCUCUCCCUGAGCCCCCCAAGAGUGAAGGCAGGCCUUCCUCCCCACGUCUGUCCAUCUCUCUCACACAGUUUGCCACACUGUGGAGGGAGCUGCCGGGGGUCAGGAACAGUACUGAGCUGGAGGAGCUCACAGAGGACCAGAGGCGACUACAGGAGGUGAGAUUCGAGGUAGUGACCUCUGAGGCCUCCUACUGUCGGAGUUUGGACAUUGUUGUUGAGCAUUUUGUCAAGUCCAAACAGCUGGGGGCGCUGUUGACUACUCAGGAUAGGAACUGGCUGUUUUCGCGGCUUGCUGAUGUUCGUGCCAUCAGCCACAGUUUUUUAUCAAAGCUGGAAGAGCAGGUGGAAUCAGACACCAUACACUUCACCGUGUGUGAUAUCAUUGCUCAGCACUGUCCGCACUUCAAAAUGGUUUAUGUGCCCUACCUUACCAACCAGUCCUAUCAAGACGCCACCUACCAGAGACUCAUGAAUGAGAAUUCAGGGUUCAGACGGAUUGUGGAGAUGUUGGAGAGGAGUCCUGUUUGUCAGAGGCUUCCUCUUCGUUCCUUCCUCGUACUUCCCUUCCAGAGGAUCACAAGACUUAAGCUGCUAGUCCAGAACAUUGUGAAGAGAACAACCCCUGGUACUGCAGAGGCGACUCAGGCCAUCAAAUCUUUGAAACUUCUGGAGAAGCUGAUUCAAGAGAGUAAUGACAGCAUCACUCAGAUGAAAAGCAUCGAGUCGUUGGUCUCUCUCAGCGCUAAGGUGGACUUUGUGUGCAGGACUCUACCUCUGAUCAGUCAGUCUCGGAGGUUGGUGCGGGAAGGGCUGGUCACUGAACUGAUGGAUUUCUCUCUAAAGGAUACAGAGAGGAAUAUCUAUUUGCACCUAUUCAAUGACUACUUGCUAAUUUCACUACAAAAAGAAGGGGGACGGUUCACAGUAAUAGACCACUCUCCUGUGUCAGACCUGCGUGCCGAGAACUGUCGUGUCAAACUUCACUCCCUCCAGAAGAACCUGUUCCGGCUGCACAUGACACAAAAAGCCCUGCUGCUACGGACUGACACGCAGAGUGAUAAGCUACGUUGGAUAUCCGCUCUUUCCCAGCCGCAUCUUGAAAUAGAUUUUUCUGCUGCACAAGAUUUUCCACAGAUGCAGUGUAUCCGAGCUAUUGUUGCCCAGCAGCCUGAUGAGCUGUCGUUGGAAAAAGCUGAUAUCAUUCUUGUGCACCAACAAAGCAGUGACAAUUGGGUAGAGGGGACGAGACUGUCCGAUCGGCAUCGUGGAUGGGUGCCCAAGUCAAAUUUGGAAAACAUAACCAACUCCAGAGUCCGGCUACGCAACCUGUCAGAUGCCCUUACACUGACAACGGCCACAGCUGCUGUUUAACCAGGACACUCGGACUAAACAAAGAGACAUCCUGGACGCACCGUAAAGGAUAAGACUCUGUUGUUUGCUUCAAACUGCUGGAAAUUGGACCAUGGACAUUCAGUGUUACAAAUGGGGAUUUCUACCAUUGAAUGGCUCACAAUCGUGCAGCAACUGAAAUGCUAUAACCUCUAAAUGUAGUAUUGGGUCUCACUUGUUUCACUCGGUGGAACAAUAUAUUGCCAUUAGAGCAAUGCGUGGACUGCUGAGGUCUACCUUAAAGACAUUAAGGACAUUGUGGCCCUAUUAACUGUUAGCAACAGUACAUUGUGUGAUGUAAUACAUCAAAAGACUUGGGUUUUUAAGAGAAAAUGUUUUUAAAGGAACACGCCGACUUAUUGGAAAUUUAGCUUAU